AUGUCGGGCGAGUUCCAGUUCCACGACGAGCUCGCGUCGCUCUUCACGCAGCGGCCGGGGCCGGGGAUGCAGCAGCAGGAGCAGCAGGCCUCCUGGCUCGCCGACUACCUGCAGACGCCCAUGGACUACGACCUGCUGUGCAGAGCGCUGGAGCUGCCGGCCGCGGAGGACGUCGUCAAGAGGGAGCUGGUGGUGGACACCACGCCCAGCGGCGGCGCCCUCACUCCCAGUGGCGGCGGGGGGACGCCCAACGCCACGUCGUCCAUGUCGUCCUCGUCGAGCGAGGCCGGUGGAGGCCUCUGCGCCGGAGAGGGGGACUCGGCGGGGAGGUGCAAGAAGGAGGACGGCGACGGGGAGGACGGCAAGGGGGGAGAUGAGGGUGACAAGAGCAAGAAAGGGUCUUCGGCGGCGGCCAAGGGCGGCAAGGCGGGCAAGGGCGAGAAACGGCCGCGGCAGCCGCGGUUUGCCUUCAUGACCAAGAGCGAGGUCGACCACCUCGAGGACGGCUACCGCUGGCGCAAGUACGGCCAGAAGGCCGUCAAGAACAGCCCAUAUCCCAGGAGCUACUACCGGUGCACGACGCAGAAGUGUGUGGUGAAGAAGAGGGUGGAGCGGUCGUUCCAGGACCCGGCUGUGGUGAUCACCACGUACGAGGGCAAGCACACGCACCCCAUCCCCUCCGCGCUCCGCGGCAGCACCCACCUCCUCGCCGCGCAGGCGGCGCACCUGCAUCACCAGCACCACGGCCAUCUCGGCAUGCUGCCACAGAUGGGCAUGGGCGGCCGCGCCGGAUCGCCGUUCGGCCGGAGCAGCGGCGGCGGCAUCGACGUGCUGGGCGGCCUCCUGCAGCCGCGCGCCCACCACGGCAUGACGGCGCCGAUGGCCGGCGCCGGUGCGGGCCACCAAGCGCCGACCCAGGGCCUGACCGGCUCAAUAAGGAGCGUGGCGAGCGCCACCGCCACCGCCUCAUCUCCUCCAUCGCUCCAGAUGCAGCACUUCAUGGCGCCGGACUUCGGGCUCCUGCAGGACAUGCUGCCGUCCUUCAUCCACGGCGCCGGCGGCAACAGCGACAACCAGCCCUCAUCACCGUAUGGGAAGCUUCAUUAG